AUGAGCAGAAGGACCCCACCCUCGCUGGCGCAUCUCGCCAUGCAGAAUCUGCUGAGCCACCCGGCCCUGGCCAACUCUGUCCUAGAUGAUCUGCCCAUGCUGCUGUUCCCUUUGCUGUUUAUGGAGGCCUACACUGGGGGCCACAGAGAGGUGCUGAAGGCCAUGGUGCAGGCCUGGCCCUUCCCCUGCCUCCCCCUGGGGGACCUGGCACAGCCACCAGACCUGGAAAUCUUCAAGGCUGUCCUGGAUGGCCUCGAUCUGCUUCUUGCCCAGAUGGAGCGCCCCACUCACUGGAAACUGCAAUUGCUCGAUCUGGGGAAAGAGCACCCAGAGAUAUGGACAAGGGGGUACCUGGCCAUGGCCCACAUCUCCAGCCCAGGGUUCCUGACUGAGGAGCAAACUGGCAGCCCAUGUUUGGGACUGACUAAUCAGCAGCCCUUGCUCAUCGCCAUGGACCUGACCAUUCAACAGGAUGCCCAGGAUGAUCUCCAAGCCCUCCUGCUCCAGUGGGCUGGGGAGAAGAAAGGACGAGUCCAGCUGUGCUCCAGGAAGCUGCAGAUUCUGUCUGGCUCCGUCUCUGAAAUGCAGAAGGCUCUGCGUGUGGUGAGGCUGGACUCCAUCCAGGAGCUGCUGGCGAGUCAAAUCUGGCGUCGAGAAUCCAUGGAUUAUUUUGAUCCCUAUCUGGGCCAGAUGAAGAGCCUCCGCCUCCUCAAAUUCUCUGACAUGCGUGGCGAUUCCCAAAGUUCCAGCCUCACAAAUUGCUGGUACUGGAGCAAAUUGGGGGUCCAUAUGGGACAGCUGCAGCAGCUGCGGGAGCUUCAUGUGCAUGACGCCAGGUUCCUUCAUGGACAGCUGCCUGCCCUCUUCAGGAGCCUGCGGCCUCUGCAGGCCUUGUCCCUGAGCUCCUGCGACCUGCAGGAAGCUGACCUGAGCUUUCUGUUCCACAGCACUUGCGCCAGGCAGCUCCAGCACCUGCGUCUGAGGAGUUUGCCGAGAGACUCCUUCAGUGCGGAGCCCCUGAGACUAUGGCUGGAGCAAGUGUCUGGCACCCUGGAGUCCCUGGCUCUGGAGCACUGUUACAUUACUGAUAACCAGCUCUCUGCCAUCCUCCCCUCCCUGGGCCAGUGCUCCCAGCUCAGCUCCUUCAGUUUCUAUGGAAAUACCAUCUCCAUGGCCGCCCUACUGAACCUCCUGAGCCUCACGGCCAAGCUGGGCCAUUUGAAAAGGGGGCUCUAUCCUGCCCCCCUGGAGAGCUACUGCCCUCAGAGGUGGUGGCAUAGGACCAUAGACGCUGAGAGAUUUGCCCAGGUUCAGGCUGGUUUGGUGCAGACAUUGAGAGACAUGGGGACAACUCAGAAAGUCCAGAUCUGUACCAACUUCUGUCACGUGGUUAACAAGUGCCAAUUCUAUAGUCUGGAGCCCAGUGGAUCUUGGGUAUUCAGAGAGGGGGUUCCUCCCGGCCUUUCUGAUCUGCCUGUGUAG